AUGAUUGUCGCUCAAGACUGGGAACUUCGAAUGUGGCCCGGUCCUGGUUCGGUGACUCGGGGUGGAGCCUUAUUGGUCCGCUGUCCUGUUCCAAGUCACGUGGCGCAUCACGUGAUUGUGACGGCUUGGGAGGAGCACGACACGCCCGGUCUCAUCACCCCACGUUCGCCAACUGACCGGUACUUGAUGACGUCACUGGGGGACCUCUACGUGCGCAGUCUGAACCAGCCAGCACGUUUCCGGUGCCAUACGGAGGACUUCCUAACAAGGAGGAACAAGACAAGCGCCAACUACGCUCACUACCACACCACCGAUGCAACUUCAAGUCAGACACCGUCGGUCACCUUUCACUCUGGCCACGUGACCGUCGACAAAGGAAGCUCUGCAGACCUUGUCUGCCUCGCUCAGGGAUCUCCGCCGCCCAAGUUCAAGUGGUACAAGCGGCAAGGGCAGCGUCUGUUGCCGGUCGCGACGACUCCUUCGACGUCGGCAUCUCCUACACAGAUGGACGGAGUCCUCCAUUGGAGCGGAAGCGUGCAGCUAGAUGAUGCUGGACAGUACGUGUGUGUUGCGUCCAACAACUUCGGGGAAGCACGAGCCAGUCUACAACUCUCUGUUCACGAUGAGCUGUCAGCUGCCCUUCGACCCAUCCUGGUGCGAGCCGAGGCCGGGGAUUCGGUGGCCUUCCAGUGCAACACGAGCUCCUCGCUGCCAGACAACGACGUGUCCCUGGACUGGACCCUGAAUGGGUCCCCGCUCCCGCUGGGCUUCGAGCGCCUCGAACGGGGGUUUGUGCGGGUCAGCUCCGUGGCCAGGCACCAGGGAGGCAUGCUGCAGUGCUUCGUAUCCUCCAGGGACGGUCGUCGAUCGGCCCAAGCGACCGCCGAACUCGUGGUCGGAGAACGGGCUCCCCGGCUGGAGCAGACGUUCGAGACUCCUGGCGCCGUGUCGCCGAAAUCUUCGGCGAGCCUCGGAUGCCGCGUGUCCGGAGACCCUCCGCCCAGCGUGUCCUGGACUCUGGACAGCGCCUGGCCCAUCGUCAGCGGUGGCCCCAGGCUCCGUCUCUGGUCCACGAGCGACGGCGUGACCGGCGACGUCAUCAGCUUCCUCAACUGGACCUCGGUCGAGGCCGGGGACAGCGGUCAGUACGUGUGCCGUGCGACCAAUGCGGCCGGCCGUGUGCAGCACGCGUUCAGGCUGAACGUGCGUGCCCCGCUCUUUGUACGGCCUGCGUACAACGAGACGGCGCUGGUGGGCGCCACAACCAGGCUGCAGUGUCCCUUCGGAGGAUACCCCUUUGACCGCGUCCUCUGGUACAAAGACGGAAGCGAGUUGCCAGUAAACCAGCGGCAGAGCGUCUUCCCCAAUGGCACCCUCCUGCUGGAGACCGUGGACAAGGCGAAGGACCAGGGCGAAUACACCUGCUCCGUGGACAGCGGCACCGGCACCACCGUUCAGCAGACCGUGAGGGUCAUCGUACGCACCGGGCCCCAGAUCACACCGUUCCGCUGGCUGGACGAGCUUCAGGAAGGCAUGCGCGCCGGGCUCUCGUGCUUCGUGCACUCCGGGGACGCCCCCAUUUCGCUGGAGUGGCUCAAGGAUGGGCUGCCCCUGCGCCACGCGCACGUGCACAGUCCUCAGGGCGGCUUUAUGUCGGCGCUGUCCCUGGCCUCGCUCACACCCCAGGAUGACGGCAACUACACCUGCAGGGCGUCCAACGCCUGGGCUUCGGCGAGUUACAGCGCCGUGCUCAGGGUCAAAGUUGCUCCAACAUGGAGGACAGAGCCGAAGGAUGUCGUGGCUGUAACCGGUCACUCGGUGGUCGUGGACUGCCAGGCACAUGGCGAGCCGCCGCCACACAUUCGAUGGAAAACCGCCUCAGGUUGGGAGCCGGGACCCUACCGAGCCAUGGUGAGCAGUUCCCGGGUGCACAUCCUCGUGAACGGUUCGCUGAGCGUUCGGAGCAUUGAGACAAGGGACGCUGGCCUGUACCUCUGCGAGGCGUCCAACGGCGUCGGAGCCGAACUCUCCAAGGUGGUCCGAAUCACCGUCAGAAGUAGCCCGCGGCUGGCGAGCAAAGAAUCUACGAGCACAGCCAAGAGAGGCAGUACGGUGCACCUGGAUUGUGAACCACAAGGCGACACUCCGAUGAGAUUUUGGUGGCUCAAAGACGGAGUACCGGUGGCCGCUGUGAACGAUCGCAGGUAUUCUCAGAGGGAACACGAGGAGUUGAAGAGGCCAAGGUCAAGGCUUACAAUUGUUGAUGUGCAAAAGACAGAUAACGCCAUGUUCACGUGCCAUGCCUCCAACGACUACGGGGAGGAUACAACGAGUAUCCAAGUGGUUGUUCAAGAUGUUCCGGACGUUCCGGCAGACGUCGAGGUGGGCGAGGCUUCUAGUCGAUAUGUUCGUCUGAGUUGGAUCGAGCCAUUCGGAGGAAACCUGCCCAUCACACAGUACCUGCUACGCUGGACCAACAAAGAAGGUUCCUGGGAAGACAGCGUCUCCGUAUCCGGGACGGAGACCAAGGUUACGGUACGAGGUCUGGAGCCGUCCACGUCCUACCUGUUUCAGCUGAGGGCAGAAAAUAGACUUGGAGCUGGCCGCUACACCGGAACCUUGGAAGUACAAACCGAUGAUGAACCGCCUCGGAAUGCCCCCACGAACGUUCAACUUACUGCUGUAGACUCCCGGACAUUUGAAGUAAAGUUCGAGGAUGUGUCCGGUGCCGGCCGCGUGGAUGGCUACUACGUGGCGUACCGGCGAGACGGGUCGCCGGAACCGCUGCGCUACCAGACUCUGCACGAGCGCGUGGGCGUCGUGUCCGGUCUGGACAGGGACACGCUCUACGAGGUUCAGGUGCAGGCCUACAACGCCAAGGGCCCCGGACCACCUUCCAGGACCCACGCCGUCCGCACACUGGUCGCAGAUCCCCCACCGCCACCAACCUACCGCGUCGCUGGCACCUCAGCGCGGACCAUCUCACUCGUUUGGGAGCACCCCACAAUCAGCUUGGACGACCCACCCAUUCGAACUUACUACAUCUUGUGGAGAGUCGACGGCGCAGCGGAGGAGCAGUGGCGAGAGCAAUCCGUCGGCUCGGACCGCAAUGGCUUCGCCCUUUCUGGUCUGGCAUGUGGCACGCGGCAUCAGCUACGCAUGCGCGCUGCGAGCGACGUCGGUAGGGGACCCGAGGGACACCUCCUGACCGCUUCCACCGAAGGCGGUCGUCCGGUCCUCCAGCAACCAGACAGACUAGUGGAGGCCAACUCCACGGCCGCGUGGCUGCGGCUAGAUGCCUGGUGGAACGGGGGCUGCCCCAUCAGCCACUUCGCCGUGCACUACCGGAGUGCAGCCUCCGGAGACGCCGACUGGACACUGGUGUCAAGUCACGUGCCCACCAGGCUCGACGAACCCGUUGUGCUGGUGGACCUGACUCCGGGCUCCUGGUACGUGCUACUCAUGGUGGCGCACAAUGACGCCGGAACCACGAGGUCGCAGGUCAACUUCGCCACGCUCACGCCAAGUGGAGAUGUGCCUUCGCAGAAGUCCCACCUGCUGAACUCCAAGAUGGCGUCCUUCUAUCGGCACCUAACUGUUACGUUACCCAUCGGCAGCUCUGUGCUUGUUUUGGUGGUGGUGCUCGCCGUCCUGUGGUGUGUACUUCACCGGCACGCCGAAGACGCCGCCGCGCGAGGAACUCCUCAAGGUAGCGUGUCAGGAGAACGCUACAAGAGCGACGUUCUCGGCUCCCCUGAGCCAACCUACUGCGGCGGAUCAUCACGGGGUUCGUCUGGCUACGCUGUGCCACACAGGGUCUACGAUGUGCCUUAUGCCCUUAAAAGACCAGGGGAACAAAUAGCUGUGCAAUCCAGAAAUUCUCAGACGGCAACAGGCCUAAGCAGGGACGGAUCUCAACUUUUCUACGUGUCAAGCAAGUCAAAAGUGUUUGACGAGGACGAAAUGCACAGGUUAUGACGCGUGGUUUAUACCUAAGCUGACGGAGCUCAUAACAUCAUCAUGAAGGAAACCCAUACGAUGUGUAUAUCAAGACGGUG